CGCGGGCUCGUUAGACGCCUUAAUUGCGACGCUGCCACUCAAUUGAGCUCGAUACAGUCUCAAUCUCAAAGGACUGCGACCGCUGCGCUGCGAGACAUUGCGGCAUUUGGCGCCACAGGGGCUGCACAAGCCUGCAUGCUGCACGACGCAUGAUGCGUCGCGCGAAGAAACGAGCCGAGCCGCGCGGCCCGUCGCCGCGGAGGAUAGGACUCCUCGUCGCGUUCUGCCUGCUCGCCGUCGGCGUGCCGUACUGGUUCAAGGGACGCACGAGCCCGCCCGCACCACCUACAACCUCGCUGCACGACCUCCGCCGGUCCGCUCCUGUCAUAGGCGACGGCCUCGUGAGCCAGUGGACGGAGAUCGCGAGCCUUAGCUGGUACCACACGGACAAGCUCGACAAAGAUGAGCUGGCGAGCGAAGCGUCGAAGGCGGAGGAGCGUGCAAGACUCGUAGCAGAAUGUUUCCGCCGCGACCCGGGUAAUGGCGCGCGCCUCUGGGGUACCGACCAGAUGAAGAAGCGCCUCAUUUUUGUGCACGUGCCCAAGUGCGGCGGCUCGGCGCUGACGGCGACGUUAAGACGUUUAGCGUGUGUCGCCAACGGGAACCCGACGAACCCCUGCUGCAGCAACCCCGGCUUCUGUCAAAGAAAUAGGCAGAAGAUGCGCCUGUGUCCUGAUGUCUUAAAUUGCCACUCGCACCAGCCGCAAUUAUCGUUAUUCUUCGGGGCUCGAAGCCUGAACCGCCACCUCAAGGCCGUGACCAUGGUCCGCGAGCCACUCGGAAGGGUCGUCUCUGCGUGGCACUACCGCUGCCACAACCCGAACUGGGACUGCUUUCAUAUCGACGGGAGCGUGCAGUGGGCCGAGAGAAAGCGAUUGCAUGAUGACUGGUACGUGCGGCCGCCGAACGCGUCGGACUCGCUGCCCUGGGUCUCCUUCGGUCAAUUUUUGGGGAUGGAGCACUACCAGAACGUCCAGACGCGGAUGCUUGGGAGUGAUCGGUUCCCCUACUCCCCAACAAGAGUGGAGGCCCUGGACGUGCGGCGCGCUUUAUCUCGCAUCGACGCCCACUUUGCGGUCGUGGGGGUGUUUGAGCUAUUCGAGCACUCGGCGGCAUUAAUAGCGGUCCUGGCGGGCGUGCCCGUCGACCCCGCGGAUUUGCUAAGGGUGCGCGCGCAGCAUACGCCCAAAUAUUCCGAGUUUACCGCGGCGCUGACGGGCGACGCGGCGCUGGCCGCGAAGGUUCUGGAGAAGAAUGUUCAUGAUCAAACGCUGCACCGGGAGGCGUCCAUGCGAUUGUGUCGGCAGCUGCGCGAGAAUGAUUUGCUGGAGCUGCCGGGGUGCGCGGAUCCUGUUGCCGCGAAGGCGCGGGCGUUUUGUGCUAAAGUUUUGUAG